UGUGUUCCAGUAGUAGAAUGUGUUGUUGCUGUGUUCCAGUAGUAGAAUGUGUUGUUGCUGUGUUCCAGUAAGCGGGUGUGUAGUUUCUGUGUUCCAGUAGUAGGGUGUGUUGUUUCUGUGUUCCAGUAGUAGAAUGUGUUGUUGCUGUGUUCCAGUAGUAGAAUGUGUUGUUUCUGUGUUCCAGUAGUAGAAUGUGUUGUUGCUGUGUUCCAGUAGUAGAAUGUGUUGUUUCUGUGUUCCAGUAGUAGGGUGUGUUGUUUCUGUGUUCCAGUAGUAGGGUGUGUUGUUUCUGUGUUCCAGUAGUAGGAUGUGUUGUUUCUGUGUUCCAGUUCCAGUAGUAGGGUGUGUUGUUUCUGUGUUCCAGUAGUAGGGUGUGUUGUUUCUGUGUUCCAGUAAUAUGAUGUGUUGUUUCUGUGUUCCAGUAGUAGGGUGUGUUGUUUCUGUGUUCCAGUUCCAGUAGUAGGGUGUGUUGUUUCUGUGUUCCAGUAGUAGGAUAUGUUGUUUCUGUGUUCCAGUUCCAGUAGUAGGGUGUGUUGUUUCUGUGUUCCAGUAGUAGGAUGUGUUGUUUCUGUGUUCCAGUAAUAGGAUGUGUUGUUUCUGUGUUCCAGUAAUAGGAUGUGUUGUUUCUGUUUUCCAGGUUGGCCUUCCUUCUAUGACCUGGUAAAGGAGGAAUCAGUCACUGUAACAGACGAUUUCGCCUACGGGAUGCACAGAGUUGAGACCAGCUGUAGUCAGUGUGGUUCUCACCUCGGACACCUGUUUGAUGACGGCCCCAGACCCACAGGGAAACGAUACUGCAUCAACUCUGCCUCUCUGGGCUUCCAGUCCGCCUCAGCCUCUAGCCCACCCAGCAACGGGGCUGGGGCAGGGGCUGGAGCUGGGGCAGGAGCUGGGGCUGGGGCAGGGCUGGAGCUGGGGCAGGAGCUGGGGCUGGGGCAGGGGCAGGAGCUGGGGCAGGGGCUGGGCCAGGUGGUGCGGUCGGGGGCAAGACUGAGCUCUGAGUAAAAGGUCUCCUUGGUCUUGGACAGAUUUCAGGAUUACAGGAAGUACAGGCACGGUCACUCACUCCUUAUCCAAACUGGUGGCCUAGGUCCUGGUCGAAAUGUUACGAACAGAACAGAGAACAGCUGGAGAAUAAAGGUUACACAGAUCCGAAAACAGUCAUCCAACUAGGUUAACACAGAUCUGAAAGCAGUCAGCCAACUAGGUUACACAGAACCCGAAAACAGUCAGCCAACUAGGUUACACAGAACCCGAAAAACAGUCAGCCAACUAGGUUACACAGAACCCGGAAACAGUCAGCCAACUAGGUUACACAGAACCCGAAAACAGUCAGCCAACUUGGUUACACAGAACCCGAAAACAGUCAGACAACUAGGUUACACAGAACCCGAAAUCAGUCAGCCAACUACAGUCAGCUCAAUAAGGGGCCAUCAGCACCCCUUAGAAACAUGUGGAACAUGAUGCCUCUUCUGUGGCCAUGUAGGUUACACACAGUAAAACACAGUCGGUCAAACACAGUCUGUCAAACACAGUCGGUCAAAUGACCCCAGUAGCCAUGUACCAAGCUGGCCCACCACUGGCUACCAGCCUUAAUAAAGUCCCAGGUCUCUACUGUACUAUACAACUGUCUGAGGAGGCACAUAUUGGAUGACCCCAGUAGCCAUGUACCAAGCUGGCCCACCACUGGCUACCAGCCUUAAUAAAUAGACCUCUACUGUACUAUACAACUGUCUGAGGAGGCACAUAUUGGAUGACCCCAGUAGCCAUGUACCAAGCUGGCCCACCACUGGCUACCAGCCUUAAUAAAUAGACCUCUACUGUACUAUACAACUGUCUGAGGAGGCACAUAUUGGAUGACCCCAGUAGCCAUGUACCAAGCUGGCCCACCACUGGCUACCAGCCUUAAUAAAUAGACCUCUACUGUACUAUACAACUGUCUGAGGAGGCACAUAUUGGAUGACCCCAGUAGCCAUGUACCAAGCUGGCCCACCACUGGCUACCAGCCUUAAUAAAUAGACCUCUACUGUACUAUACAACUGUCUGAGGAGGCACAUAUUGGAUGCAGUUCCACGUUGCUCACAUUGCUUUUGACCAUUUACAAGUUUAGAUCAUAUUUUAAAGUAUAUAUAUCAACUGUUAUAUAUUUUUCUUUCUAGUAUAUUUAAAACUUUAUGCUUUGGGGGGGUGAAUGAUAUAUUAUUAUGAUUGUGUGGACUUGACUUUGAAGAACAAUGUGUGUUGUUUAAAAAAUAAAUAAAAAGUGAUAUUUGAUA